GUUGGAUAAUAAGUUAAUUGAUUUUUUUUCCUCACCAAAAACCCUCAAGCUCCUCCCAUUCUCAUUCACGCCGCUAUUCAUCGAUCAGAGCUCUCACUCCCAUUUUUCAAACGCCAUCAUCACAGCCACCUUUGAUCCUUAGUUCGCCUUCGCCGUAAACCGUAGCCCGUUGCGCCCAUUCUCCGCCGCUGACGGGCCACGCACAGCAAACUGCCGGGAAGGAGACCCCGAGAAGCAGACCGCGAUCGAACAGCAAGUCCGGUCCUUCACCACCGGCGAGCAAUUCCUGUUCGCGGAUUGACGAGGAGGGCCAAACAUUUUUCCAAACGGCAGCAGUACCACUCGCGCAGACGGCAGCCGAGCAGCCCCCUCAGCCGUGAGUGAUAGCAGCAGCGGGAAGCCGAGGCUUUUCUUUUCCGAACCCUCCUUCAUCCGUUCUUGUUUUAAUCUCGAAGGAGAUUACCCGAUUGAAUUUCAAUUAAUCCGUUAGCAAUGCUACCGAUUGAUGGCGCCAGAAAACUAUCUUUCAAUCGCUGUAUACACGAAGGAGAUUUGGUGAUAGUUUACGAGAGGCACGAUAUUAUGAAGCCGGUCAAAGUUUCCGGUGAUGGGGUUUUCCAAAAUCGGUUUGGUGUGUUCAAGCAUCGUGAUUGGGUCGGGAAACAGUUUGGCUCGAAGGUGUUCAGCAACAAAGGUGGGUUUGUUUACUUGUUGGCUCCGACUCCCGAGCUAUGGACUCUGGUUUUGAGCCACAGGACUCAGAUUUUGUACAUUGCGGAUAUUAGCUUCGUUGUUAUGUAUUUGGAAAUUGUCCCGGGAUGUGUGGUGCUCGAGUCCGGUACCGGAAGUGGGUCUCUGACGACCUCCCUUGCUCGUGCUGUGGCGCCAAACGGGCAUGUGCACACCUUCGAUUUUCAUGAACAGAGGGCUUCGUCGGCCAGUUUGGUGACGGUCAGUGUAAGGGAUAUACAGGGCAAGGGUUUUCCCGAAGAAUUUUUGGGACAGGCAGAUUCUAUUUUCCUUGACCUGCCUCAGCCUUGGUCGGCCAUUCCUUCUGCUGCUAAAAUGCUACAACAAGAUGGUGUCUUGUGCUCGUUCUCUCCUUGUAUCGAGCAAGUACAAAAAUCUUGCGAAACAUUGAAGUUACAUUUCACUGAUAUAAGAACAUUUGAAGUACUUCUCCACACAUAUGAAGUUCGGGAAGGGAACUUGGGAAGCUGGCAAGAAAGUGAUGGGAGUUUGGGGACUCUUAAGGGUUCCAAGAAGAGGCAGCGCUCUGCAAACAAACUGGAGAAUUCAAAACCUCCGAUGAUAAUGGCUAGAAGAAGCGGUGAGGCUAAAGGGCAUACUGGUUAUUUAACGUUUGCCCGGCUCAAGUGUAUUGUGUAAACUUUUUCAAUUGCUCUUUUGCUAGUAGCCGAGUUUUUAGCUUACUGAAUAGUCUGGUUAUAGGAUGAGCAAUUGUCGGGUUGUUGUGCUUGGUUCGGUUCGAGUGAGUUAGAAUAGAAACAGAUUGAGCACCAGUUUAUGUUUGCUGUUUGAUACCAUGCUUUUCAGCUUGUGUUUGCCAACUUUUAAUUGUCUUUUAUUCUAGAUUUUCACAAGUUUU